AUGACGUCCCAGGUGGCGGCUAUGAUCCUAAUCCAGCUGGCAGUCCUGGCCGGGGCCAAUGAGGGCUUCCAGAGCGGGAGCCCCGUGCUGUACACGGUCACCGACAUGGCCAACAACACAGCAGGUGGGGCGCGAUUCGAGAAGCAGAUCGGGGCUCACGUGGCCAAGCUGGCAAUGUACGCGGCCACCCGGUUCACCUGGAUCGUGUUCAACCAAACCGACGACCUGACCCAACGGAAGAACGUAAGCCGGAUCGACCUGUUCAUCAACAACGGCACGGCCGCACGUACCAACGGCACCUCAAUCCAGGUGGACGCCAACUACAUCGCCAACUACACGGGCAACCUUCGGAGGCAGUUCAACGGCAUGAUGUACCAGGAAGUGGCCCGGAUCUGGCAGUGGACAGGCAAUGGGCAGGCGCCGGAAGGGCUGGUGAGCGGGAUCGCCCAUUUCGUCCGGCUCCAGGCCCGUUACGGGACGGUGGAGAAGGUGAGGCCCGGAGAAGGCCACAGGUGGGAUCAGGGGAACGGCGUCACGGCCAGGUUUCUCAUUUAUUGCAAUCAGCUCAACAAGGGAUUCGUAGGGGAGCUUAAUAGGAAGAUGAGGUACGGCUACACUGACGGCUACUUCCUGGACCUGCUCGGGAAGACUGUUGAGCAGUUGUGGAGUAACUACAAGGACAACCACGCCCGGGAUUCGGCACGACAUCAUGCCUGA